AUGAGAAAUGGGGGAGAAAGAAAGAGGUCUUUAUUGAAGAGGCUUUGCACCCGGAAUAGGACUAAUGCAGAUCCAGAAGAAUGGGUCUGGGCUUUCGAAAAGAUGAAUAUGAAAAGGGAACCGAUUCGGAGAAAGAAGAAGCAUGAGAUAGGCGGCGGAAGAAUUUCCGAUAGCGAAUUACUUGACUCGAUGGAUGGAGGUAGAGCCCUCCAACUCAAGCACGGAAUCAAUGUUGAGUCAACAAUAAUCCACAGGGGCACCACCAAGCAGGAUCGAGACCAGCCCCUUGUAUAUAGGGUUCCAAACCUGCGCUUCUUCAAGGAUCCCAUCCUAGAAGAGUUUCAGCCUUUGUUGCCCCUGGGUAGAGUGAGUCUACUUAGUGAACUGGCAGGACGCGAAGAUCGAUUGAUCCAUACGAAUCUCGAGAGUGGAUGGUUGAUCGCCACCUCCUUGUCCUGGAGGCUCUCCGGCCGGGGAGGGGCUUGCUAUCGUAACCUUUUUCCCGGUGUAUGUGAGGGUGACGAACUCCUUUUUUGUUCGGUCAUAGCUCAUGACGACCUGGUCGAAUUGGGAGAAGCCGUAGGUAUUAUUGCAGGUCAAUCUAUUGGAGAACCGGGCACUCAAUUAACAUUAAGAACUUUUCAUACCGGCGGAGUAUUUACAGGGGGUACUGCAGAACAUGUGCGAGCCCCUUCUAAUGGAAAAAUAAAAUUCAACGAGGAUUUGGUUCAUCCGACACGUACACGUCAUGAACAUCCUGCUUUUCUAUGUUCUAGAGACUUGUAUGUAACUAUUGAGCGUGAAGAUAUUAUACACAAUGUGUGUAUUCCGCCCAAAAGUUUUCUUUUAGUUCAAAACGAUCAAUAUGUAGAAUCAGAACAAGUGAUUGCUGAGAUUCGCGCGAGAACCUCCACUUUGAAUUUGAAAGAGAAGGUUCGAAAACAUAUUUAUUCUGACUCAGAAGGCGAAAUGCACUGGAAUACUGAUGUGUACCAUGCACCUGAAUUUACAUAUGGUAAUAUUCAUCUCUUACCAAAAACAAGUCAUUUAUGGAUAUUAUUAGGGGAGCCCUGGAGAUACAGUCUAGGCCCUUGUUCGAUCCACAAGGAUCAAGAUCAAAUGAACGCUUAUUCUCUUUCUGUCAAGCCAAGAUAUAUUGCUAACCCCUCAGUAACUAAUAAUCAAGUGAGACACCAAUUUUUUAGUUCGUAUUUUUCUGGUAAAAAUCAAAAAGGAGAUAGGAUUCCUGAUUAUUCAGAACUGAAUCGAAUGACAUGUACGGAUCAUUGUAAUCUCAGAUAUCCGGCCAUUCUCGACGGUAAUUCUGAUUUAUUGGCAAAGAGGCGAAGAAAUAGAUUCAUCAUCCCACUCGAAUCGAUUCAAGAAGGCGAGAACCAACUAAUACCUUCUUCAGGUAGCUCUUCGUUCGUUCGGCAGAGGCGUAGAGCUAUCUACUUGGUCGCGACUGGCUCUGCUACGCUAGGUUCUCCCUAUGGCGCUACGCAUCGUUCCCUUCGUUUAAGCGAAUCCCAUUGUUCCGGUCCCGAGAAUCCCUAUGUCUGA